AGAGACAGAGAGAAGCAGAGAGAGCCACAGAAGCAAUGGAGAACCAGAGAAAACUGCAGGAGAUCCACAGACUCAAACAACUGCUGGAUCUACUGAUGGUGGACCUACAACUGGCCCACCAAGAGAUUGAGAGAUUGAGGCUAUGGCAGAAAGUCAUGGAGGAGCAGCGACCAAGACUGGCCUGGAACCACAAACCUAUUGAAACAGGAAGAGAGAGGGAAAGAGAGAGAGAAAGGGAGAUGGAAAGGGAGAGAAAAGCAGAAUUGGAAAGACAAGAAAUGAAGAAGAAAGUGGAACAAGCAGAAGAAACGAUAAAAGCGUUAGAACGAGAGAUUGAGAGAUUGAAAGAGAUUGAGAAGGAAAUCAUAUUGGAAAGAGAAAGAGACAUGCGUAUUGUAGAGAAUGAGAAAGUCAAACUGGUUAACGAAAAGGUAAAAGAGUUAGAGAGAGAGGUUGAGAGACUGAAAGAAGAUAUGACAACAAAAGAGAUUCAAUACAAAAUCAAAUUUGAAAGAGCGAAAGAAGCGUUUAGAAGACAGAAUGAGAGAGUGAAACAGGUUAACCAAAAUGUACUAGUGUUAGACAGAGAGGUUGUGAGAAUGAAAGAAGAGAUUAGAUUGAAAGACGAGACUGAACCAGAGAGAACAUUUGAUAGAGACAGAGAGAGAGAAAAUGAUUGGAGACGAAGUGAAGAGGAGAUGAAAAAUAGAGUGGAGAGAGAGAUGGAGAUGGAGACGGCCCUCAUCAAUGACAAAAAGACGUCUGAAUUGGAGGAAGUCUUCAAGAGAAUCAAGGAACAGCAGAUAGAAUUAGAAAAUAUGGAAACAGACAAAUAUAAAUGGAAACAGAACCAAAUGGACAUGGAGGAGAAGAUGGAGGGUGAGCACAACAAACAGAAAGAGGUAGAAAGAAAGAGAAUGGAGAAAAUACCAAAACAGAGACAAGAAGAAGAUGAGAAGAAGAAGGAGAUGGAGAGAGAAGAAGAAGAGGAGAGACGCAAACAGAAGCGUAAAGAGAGGAGGUUAGAAGUGUUGAAGGGGAGAAUGAACGAGAACACAUAG